GCGGGUAACUGGGGCGGGCGGGGGGCGGCCGCCGUGGGGACGGCGAUGAUCGUGCUGGGCCGCGUCUCAGGCGCUCGCUGAAGGCGCUGCCUGCCCGGCCAUGGCUCUGAGGGAGCUGAAAGUUUGCCUUCUGGGGGACACUGGUGUGGGCAAAUCAAGUAUCGUGUGGAGAUUUGUUGAAGAUAGCUUUGAUCCCAACAUCAACCCAACAAUAGGAGCCUCAUUUAUGACCAAGACUGUACAGUAUCAAAAUGAGCUGCAUAAAUUCCUGAUUUGGGAUACAGCUGGACAGGAGCGGUUUCGUGCUUUAGCCCCAAUGUAUUACCGAGGGUCAGCAGCAGCCAUUAUAGUGUAUGACAUCACAAAAGAGGAAACUUUCUCAACGCUAAAGAACUGGGUUAAAGAGCUUCGCCAGCAUGGACCUCCCAACAUUGUUGUAGCUAUUGCAGGAAAUAAGUGUGAUCUUAAUGAUGUCAGAGAAGUCAUGGAAAAAGAUGCUAAAGACUAUGCAGAUUCCAUUCAUGCAAUAUUUGUAGAGACAAGUGCGAAAAAUGCAAUAAACAUUAAUGAACUCUUUAUAGAAAUUAGUCGCAGAAUUCCAUCCACUGACACCAACCCCGCAUCUAGUGGGAAGGGCUUCAAACUUCGACGACAGCCAUCGGUGACAAAGCGCAGCUGCUGUUGACUGACCCUUUAGAAAGUCAAACUUUAUACAGUAGGUGGUCUUGGAAGUUAAUAGUUGACAUUGGGUUUAUAUAUCAGUCUUAGAUCUUUAUCUGCUGGUGUUCAUACACCUGGGGUCCCCAAGAAGGGACCGGCUCAUCGGACACCUGUGCGCCCGCAGAAAAGACUGCAGUGGUCAGGGCAGCCUGCUGGCUCCCAUGGCGUGCAGUGUCUCUUGCAUUCUAAGGGAAUCCAUCUUCACUUCUUUGGCCUUGCUUGAUCGGAAGGUGACUACGUGGAUGGUAGAACUGAAAUGUUUUCAUAGUUUUGUAAACAAGGUUUUGGGAGGGUUUUGUAAAAAGGGAAAUGAGCACUUUUGUGGGAGAUUGGGUUAGGAGGAGUCUGGAAGUUAGAUGUCAUUUCUUCCUUUUCUUCAGUGAGCCUUAUUUUAAAUUUUGGUGUAGCUACUCCAAAGUAUGAUGGGACAGUUGAUGUGAGACGGCUACAGAAUAAGCAACUGAAGACAAAUAGUAGGCAAAUCAGUCCAUCCAGUCCCCAAAUCCCAUUUGCACUUUUUAUUUAAGGAUGAUCUGCACUGGGGGUGGGGACACAAGCAACAGAUGUUAAACCACAGACAAUCUUCUUUUUCAUGCUGACUGUAAUCACUUUAAGGCAAACUGGUAUGCUUAUAGGCAUCUUUUUGUUGUUACAAGUUUUUUUAAUAUUAAGAUAUUGGUUAAAGAAAAUUACUUGUAGAUCUGACUAAAUGAAAUGGUUACUGACUAAAAAGAGAUGCUGUAAACAGAUGCUGCCAGUGGUUCUGAUAAGACCUACAAGGUUUUGGGGAAAGCUUUUAAUUGCUUGGCAUGUGUAAAGUGUUCAUAUUAUAUUUAUGAGACCAGUGUUUAAAGUGUUAUAAAUUAUGUAAAAACAGUAAAAAAUAAUAGAGUCUUCUACACUCCUUCCAUUCCACACCUAGGGAUAAACUCUUGGGGAAUCUCCAUCAGGGUUUUUUUCCUGCAUUUUAGGUAUUGUCACUGUGAGUUCAUCCAGAGGCAGAUGAAAUUAUUUCUCUUUCAAUGACAUUUGAAAGGGCCAAUGGAACAUCCUGUUGGGGCAGCACGAGGUCUGUCUGUUGAACAAGCUUUCAUCUGGGGUGCACCCAGUCUUUCCUAUUUUGGGCACAAAAAUACACAUAGGAAGUAACCUUAAGACAUGUGGUAAUGUAGAUCAUUACCUCUUGGUUCCUGGGGGUUUUUCAUCUGUGAGGGUUUUUAGCAAAUCGGUGUUUAGCUUAUUCUGUAUGGGUUUUACUAGGCUUUCAAUUAAACUAUAGGUUGACCAUA